AUGUUAAGUGGUGAACUUCCAUCUAAGAUUAUUUGUAAUUUUCCACAAUUGCAAUAUCUCUACUUAUCAUAUAACAAUUUUGUUAGCCAUGAUGGUAACACUAACCUUGAACCUUUCUUUGCUUCCUUGAUGAACUCGUCGAACUUUCAAGAACUUGAAUUGGCCAGAAACGGUCUCGGCGGGAAGCUUCCUCAUAUUAUAGGUAAUCUUCCUUCCGGCAUGCAACAUCUUCACCUACAAGAGAAUCUCAUACAUGGCGCUAUACCACCUCAAAUUUCCAGCCUUGUCAAUUUAACUUUGUUGAAGUUGUAUAGUAACCAAAUAAAUGGAACAAUCCCUCGAAGCCUGUGCAAUAUUGAUACGAAUUGCAGUUGGCCGGAGAAGUGGAGCGUCGUUGACCGCCGUAGAAGCUCUGGUUUAGGGUUUUUUCGUGAAGAAAAUCUGACUGAGAAUAGAAAAGUGAUAUGA